AUGGCGGCCCUCAUCAAGCUCGGAAGCCUUCUUAGGCAGAGUGCUGUGGCGAGCAGUGCCUCGACCGGCUCGGCUCCUGCCCUGUUCAACGCUGCCCGCUUCAUGUGCGCCGGCCAGCCUGCUGAUGGCUCCAAGCUUUUCGUUGGCGGUGAGUUUUCUUGCCUGGCUACUGAUGAUCAUUCGCUGAAGGAGGCGUUUCAAAGCUUUGGUGAGGUCGUUGAGGCACGUGUUAUCACUGACAGGGAGACUGGAAGGUCUAGAGGGUUUGGUUUUGUGAGCUUCGCCAGUGGCGAGGAUGCAAAGAGUGCUGCAGAAAACAUGGACGGCAAGGAGCUUGCUGGGAGGAACGUCCGUGUGAACUUUGCCAACGAGCGACCUUCGGGUGGUGGCGGCGGUGGCUUCUCUCGUGGCGGCGGUGGCUAUGGAGGUGGUGGCGGCGGCUACGGCGGCGGUGGCUACGGUGGUGGCGGUGGAUACGGCGGCGGCCGUGGUGGUGGUGGAGGUGGCUAUGGUGGUGACCGUGAGUCCUAUUAA